AUAAAGGAAGCAUUUUUCUCAAAAAACCAGUGUUUCAACAAAAGAAUGAAGAGCAGUAUAAACUUUGCAAUUGUACUGUUUUUUAUAGCUAUUGGUAUUACAACCACUGAGAAAUUGCAUAAACAUGAGACGAAGAAAGAUAAAUCAAUUCUAACUGCCGAAGAUUUCAUCCAACCUAGGCGCAAACCCAGACAGCACUACGUAUAUUUACGGAACCCAGCAUCUGGUCUUGUCUUAGAGGCUAAGCCAGCAAAUUUAAAUAUCACGUUUGUACACGCUACCGGAGUUUCAUCUCAAUUGUGGGCACCGGAAUACUUGGGUAAACAAAAAUUUAAUAUCAUCAACAAAGGCAAUGGAAAGUAUAUAGAACUUAACAAGUUCAAUGGGACACUUUAUAAUCUAGUUACGAAACCAAAACGAGCAGGUGAUCCACUUCAGCAAUGGUACCUUAGUUACGACAACAUCGUUAACGAAAAAUUAAGAUGGACAAUAAGUGUCCCCGUACACGACAAUGAAAUAAAGCAUUCUCGUCAUGGAGUCAUGGCAGUAGUACAACCACCUAAGGGGAUUAAAUGGCAGGAUAUGAUUCUACAAAUUGUAUAACCUUUCUGUAUUCUGUUAACACCUUCAACUGUACCAGUAAAAAUACAAUUGAAUUCCUAA